AUGCGCCGAAUACCGCGCCCCUCGCGGGCAACUGAUCCCUCAAAUCUCCUAUCCACAUCGAUAAGGCAGACACUGUCGCCAUUGCCUUGUCGCUCCGCCGUGUCGCCCUGCACCCAUCUCCGCAAUGCAACCGCCACUUUCUCCACAACCGCACCUCAGUCGUUCCUCCUACCGGGCAAGCAAGACAAGAAGAAGCACCAGCAGUUCGUACGGAGAUGGCAGAAGCGUCUGCUCGGCGACUCGGAGCCCAUUGGCGCACACGUUGACCCAUACGACCCAACAUCACCCGUCCGAAUAGCACCCGAAGACCAGGGCGAAUAUGAAGAGGUGCUUGAGGAAGACCCCAACUUCCCCAAAUACCGACAAGCGAAGAGUAUAGCCGGCCUCCAGCGUGUCGGCGGCGACGAGUGGCUCAGGCAAAAAGUCGAAAAAGACAUAGCCAAGGAAUUCGAGAAACUGACACUACGCACUUAUACGCCGCUGACACUGGGCAUGGCCGAUGAAAUCGAAGAGCUCACCGGUACCCCAUACACUCUCAAGGAUGAGAACUUGAUGAUGGCGCAAACGAUGCACGAGAAGACGAACCGGCCGUAUACCCAGUACAACUUUGGCCUCCAUUCCAAAGCUUCCCGCGUUACCGACAUCCGCGCUCGCUUUACACAAGCUGUCGCCGAGAUCUAUGCUCUGAAGCAAGCCGGUCUCGAUAUGGACUUGUCCAAAUUCGCCAACCGAGGUGUGUACGACCGGCCACGCUGGGUCAAGGAUGUCAAGUUGGUCAAGACGGAAAGUGGCGAGCUUGCUCUUGCCUUGCCGGAGCACAAGAACCUGGAUGAUCUUCUGGCAACGAUGCAAAGAGCACCAUCUUGGGAGGCUGAACAAGCGGAACCAGAUGAACUCCUUGUUGAGGAGGUCAUUGAGGAGCUCGACGGUACUAGUCUCCCACAAGGACAAGUACCGACCAUGGAUCCCGAAACACCAGCACACAAGAAGGCGGCAGUAGUCAAGCAGGAUGCUGAGAAGCCGUUUGAUUUCAUGUCGAACCGGCCAGUACCCCGCGCAAAGCCAGUGGAGGAGCAAGUCAGUCAGCCAGUCGUUGAGGAAGUGGUGGUUCAAGAAACCCUCAACACCCCUCCUGUCCAUGCGGCCGAUUCUAAGCCCGUCAACGAAGUCGCUCCGGCAGCAGCGAGCGAGUCGCGACAUGCUAUCCUCGAGGAAAGAGCGCAGCGCUUGGCCGCCGACUUUGCAGCUCUGAAGAAGUCGGUUCAGCAAAGCAGGGGACAGUCUUCUGCCACCAAACCCGAAGACACCAAGUGGCGACAUAUCCCUGUCACUGACAUUGACGUCAAGUUCGCUCUCUUCAAACGGCUUUACCAAUUGACCGGCUUCCGCAUCUCAGACCCGCACCUAUCUUCAGCAAAAACCUUAGGCGAUCUAUACAGCUACCUCUUGGAGGCCGCCAAACCUCAACCGACCAGUCUUUACUCUGCUAUCCACGUAGAAGGUCAGAAGGCACGUGAACGAGCGAAACAGCAAGCCGCAUCGGAAGCCGCUACCAAGCGACGGGCCGAUCUGGGCGACUUGAUCAAUCUGGGCAAUGUCGAGCUACGCCGCGUCAAGGCUAACAAGACCGAGAAGCGCAGCAAGACCGGUCUAGACAAGGUGGUAAACUAUGCUCUGCGGGAGCGCGGUCUGGGUAGUGGGGUGCCUUCCAGGAUUCAAGAGAUAAGAGCGAAGAAAGCACGCAGUGUAAGGCAUGUGCGAACACAGCGUGAAUUCGUCAAUCCCUUAAGCAGUAAGGCUGCCAAAUUUCUGGAAACUAGGACGCAAUAG